UUGACAAUUGAAAUCAAACAUGUUUUCAUAUCGUUUCUUUUGUAAAUGAGAAUUUAUAACGGAUUUUAAAUUUGUUUUCUAUAUUGCGUUAUUCUUCAUACAUAAAUCAUUCAUUACUUUAUACUAGGCUACAUUUACAAAAAUGAGUUCUCCUAUUCCUGAUACACCGUCUGACAGAGAUGGAGCGCGGUCUCGUAUGACAUCGCCAGCUCGGGAGUACGAAAUGUUUGAAGAUGAAGGAGCCAUCUUGGGUGACAAUGCUGAUGAAGAAGAAGAAGAUGGAGAGGAAUUGUUCAAUGAUAAUAUGGAAGCUGAUUACCGACCGAUGCCAGCGUUGGAUCGGUAUGAUGCUGAAGACCUGGACGAGGAGGACUAUGACGCCAUGUCGGUUGAAGAUCGUGUGGCCGCAGAACGGGAGCUACAGAGACGGGACAGAGAUGAGGGACGCAUACGGAGAGAUGAUAGGGACUUGUUAUAUGAUGAAUCGGAUGAAGACAGCAGUGACGCGCCUCGUGCGAAACGACGGAGGGCCGCGGAGAAGGCGGCCGGGAUGGAGGAACCCAUGGAGGGGAUCGAAAGUAUUGAAAACCUCGAAGACACCAAGGGAUAUUCCACAAAAGAAUGGGUUUCCAUGUUGGGGCCUCGUACUGAGAUCGCUAAUAGGUUCAAGAAUUUCCUCCGCACCUACACGAACACGAAAGGCCAAUACGUGUACAAAGAAAGAAUACGUAGGAUGUGCGAACACAAUCAGGCCUCAUUCCACGUGGAGUUCGAUGUGUUGGCGAGACGGGAACAGGUGCUAGCCUAUUUCCUACCCGAGGCACCGUUUCAGAUGCUGCAAAUAUUCGACGAAGUGGCCAAAGACAUAGUACUCCAGAUAUUCCCGAGCUACGAGCGCGUCACCUCAGAGGUACAUGUGCGGAUCGCUGAUCUUCCUCUCAUAGAAGAGUUGAGGACGUUCAGGAAGCUCCAUCUGAACCAGCUGGUGCGCACCGUGGGCGUUAUAACGGCCACUACUGGGGUGCUGCCGCAGCUGUCCGUGGUCAAAUACGAUUGUAACAGAUGUGGCUAUAUAUUGGGACCAUUCGUCCAGUCUCAGAAUUCUGAAGUCAAACCGGGGUCUUGUCCCGAGUGUCAGAGCUCGGGACCUUUUAUGGUUAAUAUGGAACAAACCGUGUAUAGAAACUAUCAGAAGGUUACAAUCCAGGAAUCACCUGGAAGGAUUCCAGCUGGUCGUAUACCGAGGAGUAAGGACUGUGUACUGUUAGCAGAUCUCUGUGAUAGAUGCAAGCCAGGAGAUGAGGUAGACCUAACGGGGAUCUACACAAAUAAUUAUGAUGGAUCACUUAAUACUGAACAGGGUUUCCCAGUAUUCGCCACUGUUAUUAUAGCGAACUACAUAGUAGUUAAGGACUGCAAGCACAUUGUUGAAUCUCUCACUGAUGACGAUGUUGCCAGCAUCCUAAAACUGUCAAAAGACCCACAAAUAGGGGAAAGAAUUGUACAGAGUAUAGCUCCUUCUAUAUACGGCUAUGAUUAUAUCAAAAGAGGUUUGGCGCUCGCUUUGUUUGGCGGCGAACCUAAAAAUCCCGGCGAGAAACAUAAAUUAAGAGGCGACAUUAACGUUUUAAUAUGCGGAGAUCCGGGGACGGCUAAGUCGCAAUUCCUCAAAUAUACGGAGAAGAUAGCUCCAAGAGCCGUAUUUACAACCGGUCAAGGCGCUAGCGCGGUUGGUCUCACGGCUUAUGUAAGAAAAAAUCCCACAACCAGAGAUUGGACAUUGGAAGCCGGCGCGCUGGUGCUGGCUGACCGCGGAGUCUGUCUCAUAGAUGAGUUCGAUAAGAUGAACGAUCAAGAUCGUACGUCUAUACACGAAGCGAUGGAACAACAAUCUAUAUCUAUAUCUAAGGCUGGAAUUGUUACAUCGUUACAUGCUAGAUGUUCUAUAAUAGCAGCGGCCAAUCCUAUCGGCGGGCGUUACGACGCGUCGCUGACAUUCACCGAGAACGUGAAUCUCUCUGAGCCGAUAUUAUCUCGUUUCGACGUGUUGUGUGUCGUGAGAGACGAGGCAGAUCCUAUGCAAGACGCGCAUCUGGCUAAGUUCGUAGUGAGCUCUCAUAUAAGACAUCACCCCACGCAACGCGGUACUACUAUCGAGGAUACUACAGUUGAAAACGAUUUCACAUUGCCACAGGAUCUAUUGAAGAAAUACAUUGUCUACUCGCGGGAGAAUAUUCAUCCUAAGCUCACGAAUAUGGAUCAAGACAAAGUAGCGAAAAUGUACAGCCAGCUAAGACAAGAGUCGUUAGCCACAGGCAGUUUACCCAUCACUGUGCGACAUAUUGAAUCUGUAAUCCGCAUGUCCGAGGCCCAUGCUAGAAUGCAUCUAAGAGCAGCUGUAAACGAGCAAGACGUUAACAUAGCCAUCAGAACCAUGUUAGAGAGCUUUGUGGCCACACAAAAGUACAGUGUGAUGCGGGCUAUGAGACAGACCUUCCAAAAAUACCUAUCAUACAAGAAAGAUAACAGUGAACUACUGUAUUACAUUUUAAGACAACUCACAAUGGACCAGCUAGCAUAUAUGCGAGGCUUGCAUAAUCACUCCCAAUCGACCAUAGAGAUAUCGGAGCGAGAUUUAACAGAAAGAGCAAGACAAAUCAAUAUCACGGAUCUCAAACCUUUCUAUGAUAGUAGAAUAUUUAAAAUGAAUAACUUCAGUUAUGAUGCUAAACGGAAAGUCAUUGUUCACACUCUGCCGGAAGUGCCAUCGGUUAAUUAAUGUUUGCUGUUGCUUUCUUUGAAUUAACAUUAUGUAUUACUAUAAGGCAAUCUCGAUAUUACAAAAAUAUAAGUGAUUGAUAUAGAAAGGCUGGAUAGACAAAUCCUUUCAACUAAUAAUUUUACCUAAUAUGCUUGAAAUAAUUAUAUACAGAUCAUUAAUCCUUCGUUCAAGUUACUGUCGAGUAAUUUUUACUCAGCAUUUCAAGUUUCAAUUGACUAGAUUUUAAUCUUAUAAUGCAGUCAGAUAUAUCAAUGAUUAACUAUUUGCAUCACAUUACUUUUAUAGUCAAAGUUUGUCUGAAAUGUCAUGUAAAAGUUUUUUUUUAUUCAUUAAAUAUAAGGUCAACUGUGAUUUUUACAUAUUUUUGUCUAAUUAUAAGUGAUAAUUAAAUCGACAAUACUUUAUUGAUAAACGUGCCCCACCUAGCUCUACACAACUCAACUGUGCCUUAGUACAAAUUGUUAAUAUUGUGACAUGAAUGUAAUCGAUAAUUUUUCUAAAUAAAUACACAUUUAAUAUCCAAA